GGUAACAACUCAAACUUGAGUUUAAUUGCAUUAAAGAUGGCGCCGUUGUGGUUGGCAUGCCGUCUAUCGCUCAGCAUAGUCCUGAGUUUGUUUGUUUUAAGCUCAUUUAUGAAGUGUUUAACACAGUGUGCUUCACCAGUUUUAACAUAUGACCGAUGUACUCUUUUAAAGUUGGAAGAAAUUUCAUAUAAACAACUCAUCAGUUUUCAUGGUGCUCCACCUCCCUUUCUGAAGUCAAUUCCGGACUGUAUACGCCGUUGGCCUUGCUCCCUGCCAGGCAGAAGACGAAAGAGAUGACGUGGACGACGGGGUGGCUUAGCUGUUAAGCUAAAAUGCUACCUGCGAUUCCAUCGGGAGUCGCGUUCUUCCCCGGGGAGCUUUAUGAAGGUGCUACCCACGCUGGCGUUCCCUUGAGCCAGUGCAUGGUUGGAUUGUUCCCGUGUUUCCCACCUCGCUGGUGCUGCUCCCGGUUUUUCGUGCGCCUCGCCCUGCACGGGGAGGAGUGUGUCCGGGAAUCUUCGGCUGCUGCCUAGGGCGAAACAAACUGCGGCCUCUCCUGAACUUCCAGCGCUGCUCAGAAUGGCUUUGAUUAAUGCCAGGUCGGUAGUAAACAAGACUUUCAUUAUAAAUGACUUUUUCUCUGCUCGCCACCUAAAUUCACAGCGUACAACGGGACGAGGUGGUGGUCUGGCCUCUGUUUAUAAAGACAUUUUUUCCUGCCGUCCCGUAGUUUCAAAGGAAUACCAAAGCUUUGAGCUACAGUUGUUUACUCUGGAGCUAUGUGACCCUGUUCUGUUUGCACUGAUUUAUUGUCCCCCAAAACCUAAUUCGAAUUUUCUGAAAGAUUUUGCUGACUUUUUGGGAGAUUUCAUUGCAAAAUAUGACAAAGUAAUGAUUGUUGGGGACUUUAAUGUUCAUGUCUGUUGUGCAGCUGAUUCCUUAGCAAAGGAGUUUAUCAAUCUGCUAAAUGCAUUUGAUCUGACGCUUCAGAUCAAUGUACCCACUCAUCAGCAUGGCCAUACACUGGAUUUAGUGCUAACUUACGGCUGCUCUCUGAAUGAACUAGAGGUGUGUGAAAAUGGUUUCUCUGACCACAAGACUAUUAUGUUUACAUUUCCAUCUUUUAACAAAACUGUUAAGCCGAUGUAUUCGGCUCGCCAGUCUCUGCUUAUCACAUCAGCUACCAGAGAAGCUUUUCGCUCAGCCUUUAGUGAAGGUUUGCUACAAAGUGACGCUCUAAACACCGAUUCAAGUGCUGAAGAACUACUUCGCAGUUUUAACUCCACCUGUGUUCAUGCUCUAGACCAAGUGGCACCUUUAAAGACUCAUCUCCAUAAACCGAAAUCUGAGCCUUGGCUUAAUGACACAACUCGCACUCUUAGGCGUAUUUGCAGAAGAUUUGAACGAAAAUGGAGGAAGGACAGACUUCAGGUUACAAUGCAAAUGUUCAGAGACUCACUAACUCAAUAUCAGAAAGCAGUGAAAACGGCAAGAUCAAUUUAUUUCACUGACAUUAUAAACGAGAACUGUCAUAAACCGAAAACUCUGUUUAAUGUUAUAAAUUCCACCAUCAGCCCCUCCACUGGUCUUGAUAUAGAAGUGUCAUUAGUUUCCUGUGAAGACUUUCUUUGUUUCUUUGUACAGAAGACACAUGACUUAAGAAUGGGGCUAAACCCAGUUUCAUCUGACCCUUCAACUCUCUCUAGUUGUACUGCUGUUUUUAGUUGUUUUACUCCUGUUACAGAUAACCAUCUGAUAGAAAUAGUGGAUCACCUGAAAGCAUCUGGUUCCCCAACUGAUGUAAUGCCCCUCCCUUCUUUAAGCAAGUUAUAGAUGUGGUUGUUCCAAAUCUUCUGUCUUUGAUAAAUCGCUGUUUACAAACAGGUGCUUUUCCAGAGUCGCUUAAACAUGCAACUGUUCGCCCUCUGCUUAAAAAACAGGGUAUGGAUCCUACUAUUCUGACAAAUUUUAGGCCUAUCUCUAAUUUGUCUUUCAUUUAAAAAAUUAUUGAGAAAUCAGUUCUUGAUCAAAUACAAUCUUUUAUGGCUGAACAUUUGAUCUUUUGAGGUUUUCCAAUCUGGGUUUCGAAAACAUCAAUCUACUGAGACUGCACUGCUGAAAGUUUCAAAUGAUAUACUGUUAACAUGUGACUCAGUUAACUAUGCAGUUUUACACCUUCUAGAUCUCACCGCUGCAUUUGAUACUGUCGAUCACGCUGUACUUCUCGAUCGACUGGAAUAUUGUGCCGGCAUUACUGGCAGUGCCCUGCAGUGGUUUAGAUCCUAUCUGACAAAUAGGACUGUAACGAUAUUCAAAUCUCCAUAUUGAUCGGGAAGAAGGAGGUGGGAACCUGCGCACAAUCAAAACCCAUUUUAAUAUUCAAAAUAAACACAAAGCAGCGCGUCAGCCCCUCACGGCGACUG